GCGAGCCCCGCAGAGAGGAAACCAGACCCACUAGCGCGUCUCGCAGAGGAGUCGGCGGCGCGAUGAUGGACUGACUGAUCGGCUGCGUCGUCGAGACGACAAAACGCUGGAGCAUGAAUGAAGCAGGAUCAGAAAAUUGUGCAUCCAUGUCUGCGGAGCCUCCCUUAAGUCCCACCGCGCCGGCUCUGGUCCAGUUCCAGCUGGGGCUGUUUAGGGAGAUGGUUCGGGUCCCGCCCGGCAACCUGAGCUACCGCCACGCCCGCCGACUGGCGGCCGAGGUCAUAGAGAGAAAGGCUCCAGACUGCAGCGUGGUGGGCUCUGGUGAGAAGAUCCUGUUGUUCAGACACCAACCCGCCUCGGAGCAGCUGCUGCAGCGGCUGACGGACCGGGACGAGCUGCAGGACGGAGACCUGAUCGAGAUCGUCGUCGCAGGAUCAGCCUCUGUGGCCGAGAUGAGGAUGCGUCCACACUCCCUGGUGGUCCAGUCGUACCGGACCCCCACCUUCUGUCACCACUGUGGGGAGAUGCUGUGGGGCCUCGUGCGACAGGGACUAAGAUGUGAAGGAUGCGGUUUAGACUUCCACAAGCGCUGCGCCUUCCUGCUGCCCAACGACUGCAGUCGAAUCCGGCGGCAGGUCAGCACCAGCUUCUCCCUGUUCCCGCCUCGGAGGCCGCGCACGCACUCUCUGUCCAGUCAGGCCGGAGGCAGCCUGGAGGAGAUCAGCUUGUCCAAGCCGUUGUCCAGGCCGCCGUCGUGGAAUGAGCCGCCCGUCUGGCUCGGGGACAAGAGCAGGCCUCAGGUCCCCCACACCUUCCACAUCCACAGCUACACCAAACCCACAGUGUGCCAGUACUGCCACCGGCUGCUCAAAGGGCUCUUCAGGCAGGGGCUGCAGUGCUCAGACUGCAGGUUCAACUGCCACCGGCGCUGCGAGCCUCUAGUCCCCAGAGACUGUCCAGGAGAGAGGAGGGCCGUCAACGGGGACGACUCCUCGGCGGCCGCUCACAGCUUCCCACAGGAUUCAGAGGACGCCGAGUCGGAGCUCGUCAGCUCAACACUAGACACCUCAGAGGACGAGAUGUCCUCCGACGGAGACUCGCUGCCGGAGAUGGUGGAGGUGGAGUUGCUGAGAGAGCCAAUGAGCCCCUGUUUCAGCAGCAACAUCCCCCUGAUGAGGCUCGUCCAGUCGGCGCAUCACACUAAGAGGAGAGCAGCAGGAGUCCUGAGGGAGGGCUGGCUGCUGCACCACACCAACACAGACACACUGAGGAAACGUCAUUACUGGAUCCUGGACUGGAAAACCAUUACUUUGUACCAGAAUGAGAGCAGCACCAAGUACUACAAGGAGAUCCCUCUGUCAGAGGUGCUGCAGGUGCGAGGCCCCGCCCACCUCGCCAUGCCCUCCUUGCCGGGCACCGACCUGCACUCCUUUGAGCUGGUGACGGCCUCGCUGGUGUUCUGCGUGCAAGCCGGUGAAGACGGUGCGGCGUGGGAGAGCGCCAUCUGUCAGGCUCUGAUGCCCGUGCAGAGCAGCAGAGGACCAGGCGAGGAGCACCAAGAUAAAGACCAGCACGGAGUCGGUGUGGACAUCAGCUCGGUGUAUCAGAUCUUUACAGAUGAAGUUCUGGGUUCAGGACAGUUUGGAGUCGUGUACAAAGGUACUCACAGGAAGUUGGGCCGUUCGGUCGCCAUCAAAGUCAUCGACAAGACCCGCUUCCCGACCCAACAGGAGAGACAGCUGAGGAACGAAGUGGCCAUUCUGCAGAAUCUGUCCCACCAUGGAGUUGUGGUGCUGGAAGGGAUGUUUGAAACGCCCAGACAUGUUUUCGUGGUCAUGGAGAAGCUCCACGGAGACAUGCUGGAGAUGAUCCUGUCCAGUGAGAAGGGCCGGCUCCCUGAACGCAUCACUCGGUUCCUGGUUAUACAGAUCCUCGAGGCGCUGCGGUACCUCCACCUGAAACACGUCGCCCACUGCGACCUGAAGCCAGAGAACGUGCUGCUGGUCUCCGCCGACCCCUUCCCUCAGGUGAAGCUGUGCGACUUCGGCUUCGCGCGCAUCAUCGGCGAGAAGUCGUUCCGCCGCUCGGUGGUGGGCACUCCGGCCUACCUGGCCCCCGAGGUGAUCAGCAGCAGCGGCUACAACCGCUCCCUGGACAUGUGGUCCGUGGGCGUCAUCAUGUAUGUGAGCCUCAGCGGGACGUUCCCCUUCAACGAGGACGAGGACAUCCGCCAGCAGAUCACCAACGCCGCCUUCAUGUACCCCCGCCAGCCCUGGGCCAACAUCUCACUGGAAGGUCUGGGUUUUUGGAAACUUAAUCACACGUUUGCUGAUGUUUUUGCUAGACCUGCGUUAAGUGUAGUCAGAGGAGGGUUGUGUUGUCAGAGUCAAACCACACUGACUCCACCUUUUGCUUCCUCUGCAGCUGUGAGCCUCAUCAACAACCUGCUGCAGGUGGCUGUGAGACGCAGGUACACCGUGGGAAAAGCUCUGGGGCAUUCCUGGCUGCAGAACUUCCAGCUGUGGUGCGACCUGAGGGAGUUCGAGCUGAGGAUGGGCUGCAGGUAUCUGACGCACGAGGGGGACGAGGAGCACUGGAGUCGCUUCGCUCUGGAAAGAGGCCUGAUGUUUCCCUCCCAUCUCUGCUGGGACUCCAGCAGCGAAAUGGACAUGUGAAUUAAAAAGAAACUAACACAGCUGGAGCUGUUUUUGUAUCUUUUAGACUUUUUUUAUUGUUAUUUUAUAUGGACAAAUGAGAGGCUGUGGUAAGUGCUGGUCAUUUAAAUAUCGUUUUAACUAAGCCAUAGACUACUGUUACAAUUUUUAGAUGAGUUGAAGAGUCUUAAAUCGUGGAAGAAAAACACACAAACUGCUGUUUAAUAAUAUAAUUAUACUUUUUUAUUCCAGCUUUGUUUUUAAAUGUAGCUGUUUGAAUGUGUGGUGUUUUUUUUUAAGCAUCUGUAAUGAUGGACAGAAAUAACUGAGAAUGAGGGGAGGAGAUGAGAUAAAAACACCUUGAACAUGCACAGAGGAGUCGACUCGCACUGAUUAUUAGUAUUGUUAUGGCCGAUGUUUUGUUGUGGAAAUGGGACCAAUCCCUCAGUCUCCUCCUCAGC